CAUACAGAAAUUUAAACAUUUUUUAAUCUUGUUCAAUCGCAUUGUAUAUUGCUCUGACCAAUAGAAAAUUCUUAAAAGUUUUCCGUUUAAUACUUCAAUGGCGCCAAAGGUGAAAUCAGUUGGUAUUAAACCGAAGGGACAGGUCUUCAAAGACAAGUCUAAACCCACCGAUGUUCGGCUGUCGAAUAUACAGGCUGCGAAGGCUGUCUCUGAUUCCAUUCGCACCAGUCUUGGUCCUCGGGGCAUGGAUAAAAUGAUUCAAGCCGCCAAUGGCGAGGUAUCAAUCACUAAUGAUGGCGCUACUAUUCUAAAGCAAAUGAACGUCUUGCAUCCCGCUGCGAAGAUGUUGGUUGAGCUGUCGCGCGCCCAGGAUGUGGAAGCUGGUGACGGCACUACUUCUGUUGUGGUCAUUGCAGGGGCUCUCUUGGAGGCAUGCGAGAAACUCUUGCAGAAGGGAUUGCAUCCUACGGCCAUUUCCGAUUCGUUCCAGCGCUGUUCAAACAAGGCCGUUGAAAUUCUGACACAAAUGUCGACACCAAUUGAACUCAACGAUCGCGAGACUCUGAUUAAGAGCGCUUCGACUUCGCUUAACUCCAAAGUCGUAUCACAACAGAGCAGCCUUUUGGCCCCCAUUGCUGUUGAUGCUGUUCUUAAGGUAACAGAGCCUGGCAAAGAGAAUUCUGUGGACUUGAAAAACAUUAAAGUUAUCCAAAGUCUUGGUGGCACUGUAGAAGAUACCCAAUUAGUCGACGGAUUGGUGUUUACCAGCCGUUCGGCCGGCACUAAUGCGCCCAAGCGUAUAGAGAAAGCCAAGAUUGGUUUAAUUCAAUUUUGCAUUUCAGCACCUAAAACAGAUAUGGAUCAUAAUGUUAUUGUCUCUGAUUAUGCGGCCAUGGACCGCGUAUUGAAGGAAGAACGUUCGUACAUUUUGAACAUCGUAAAACAAAUCAAGAAAGUUGGCUGCAACGUCCUGUUGGUGCAGAAAUCAAUUCUUCGUGAUGCCGUUUCUGAUUUGGCCCAACACUUCUUAGACAAGAUUAAGUGCCUGGUCGUCAAGGAUGUUGAGCGUGAGGACAUUGAGUUCGUGUGUAAAACUCUGCACUGCCGCCCAAUCGCCUCUUUGGAUCACUUUACUGCCGAGAACUUGUCCAGUGCUGAACUAGUAGAGGAGGUGUCUAGUGGAACCAACAAAUUUGUCAAGAUAACUGGCAUACAGAACCAGGGUCGCACAGUUUCAAUAAUUUGUCGGGGGUCGAAUAAGUUGGUAUUGGAGGAGGCGGCUCGAUCCUUGCAUGAUGCACUGUGUGUGGUUCGUUGCCUUGUGAAAAGACAAGCUCAAAUUGUGGGCGGAGGUGCGCCUGAGAUUGAGAUGGCUUUGCAAUUGGCAGCUGUUGCACAAACGGUGGAUGGCGUUGAUGCCUAUUGCUUCCGCGCCUACGCAGAUGCCUUAGAGGUAAUUCCUUCAACUUUGGCUGAGAAUGCCGGCUUAAACCCGAUUGCAACUGUGACGGAGCUGCGCAAUCGUCAUGCCCAGGGCGAGAAGACAGCUGGUAUUAAUGUGCGUAAAGGCGCCAUAACGGAUAUAUUGGCGGAGAAUGUGGUACAGCCACUGCUGGUCAGUAUUUCGGCGAUCACCCUCGCCACUGAGACUAUACGAUCGAUACUUAAGAUAGAUGAUAUUGUCAACACCAUGAGCUAAAUGGUCAGCGAGUCGCCCCCACGCUUUAAGGCUCCAAUUCGAAACCUAAAUUAUCUACUCUGCUUUUUUCAUUUACGCCUGUAACCGUGCCCAUUAACCGAAUAAAAUUCACAUACACACAAACACUAAUAAAAACUAAAUAAAA